AUGGCAAGAAACAAAUUGAUUUUCGAAGACAAGACAUACCGUCCUGAGGAGAUAGCAACGAAAGGAGUAUCAGAAGCUUUAAAAUGGGAUCAAGCUCAAGAUUUCGAGAAAGGAAAAGAUAGAACUCACCUGGAACCAAGGAACGCUGCGCGUCAGAACCCGCCAUCGAAUUGUGAAAACCCAUGUUUCGUCGACGCCGCUUGGGACGCUACCUCGAAGCGAGCUGGAAUUGCUUGGUGUAUAAACAGAGACCGAUCGCCCACAAACCUAUCAGGAGCCCAGGUUGUCGAAUCAGUCUCCUCCCCUCUCAUGGCCGAAGCAAUUGCGCUUCUAAACGAAAUCGAGAAGAUGAUCCAAUCGGACAUCCGCUCAACAACAAUCUUCUCGGACUGCUCAACGCUCAUCAGAGCAAUCGUCAGCAAAAGCCAAAUUACAAAGACCUACGGUGUUCUACAGGAUAUCAAUCGUCUCUCGUCGCUUUUUGCCUCUAUCAACUUUCAGUUCAUCUCCCGUUCCCAGAACGGAGAGGUUGACCUCUUAGCAAAACAGGUCCUUAAGGCCCAUUGUCUUUCUUGA